GAUGCCUACUCCAGAAAAUUCUUUGACUUUUGAGGAGGAGAACGAGAAUCAAGGUUUAGAAACUCCUACUGAAGAAUGCGUUCUUUCAUGCCAUCCCUUAUCUGCUCCUAUUAACGAACAAGGAAAGGAUAUUAAAAAACAUGUCGCAACCGAUAUUCGAACUGGGACAGUGUCCUUAAGUUUUAGCGACCUUAAGGUUACUUCUCUUGAAAAGACAGGAUUUACUGACAUAUGCAAUUUAAAUUGGAUAGAUUUACAAAAAAAGGAUAAACCUGGAACUAUGAUUCUUUUAAGCAAUCCGUCGAACCCUCUUGUACCAGAAAACGGUCAUUAUAAUGAAAACGUUAGCUUUGAAAAGACGCAAUUCAUUGCUGAAGGAGCUUUUGCAAGGGUUCUUCUUGCAAAGGAUAAAAAAUCAAAGAAAAAAUUUGUUCUGAAAGAAUAUAAAGUGACAGAAACCUAUUUAGAUAUGGUUUUGACUGAAAUAAAAGUCUUAUCAAUUUUGGGGUCGUACGAUAAUUUUCUUUCCUUCUAUGCAUUCUGUUAUUUCUCAUCGACAGUCGCUGUUUUUAUGGAACAGUUCGAAGGUCAAACAUUUUGUGUUGAUCUUCGAUCAUUUGUUCAUGAUUAUAAUCCAACAACUUACGAACUAAGGACAAUCUUUAAAGACAUAACAGAAUGUCUAUGCAUUAUGCAUAGUAAAGGGAUACAGCACGAGGAUAUUAAACUGGAAAAUAUUUUAGUGGCGAAUGUUAAGGGAAAACUUCAGGCGAAACUUAUAGAUUUUAAUUGUUCAAGAUUCCAAGACGACAUUUGCAAAUUCAGAGGUAACCUUCUAUCUUGGAGUCCCGAGAAAAUCACAAGGAGUUCCUAUGAUUAUAAAAAUGACAUUUGGUCUUUAGGCAUAUCAUACUUGACUGCCAAAACGAAAUCUAUAUACAUCUAUUUACAUGUAGAGGAAUAUACGGAACCCUUACAAUUCCUCUAUCAAUUAGGACGGCUCUCAAAAAUUGUAGGAAAUAAUGAAAUGCACGAAGAUCUAAUUAAAAUGAGAUUGGGAGAACACGAACAACUGCAAUUAAUGAAAUAUUCAUCAUCUUUAGCAGAUAUGAAAAACUACGAACUUGAUUUUAUUUUGGCUACUUUAUCAAUUGAUCCAUUGAGACGGCUAAGUUCUUGUGAACUUCUCAAACUGGCAAUUUUUAAAGAUCUUUCUCAAACUCUACAAGAACUGCCUAUGGAAAAUUAA